AUGGGCUCUCGUCUCAAUUCAAACUCGGAGGCAACGCGCAAGAGCAUCGAAAAUCAUGACUUCCACGACGAGACAGGCGAGGAAUACGAAGCCUCCAGUUUUGGCGGGUUUGAAGAUUAUAUGCGACGCAAAAAGCUGAAGCUGCAGAACCUAGACGCGGAAAUCCGAGCCUCGGCCAGAGAUUGUCCCCCGGUAUUCCGUGGGGUUGUCGCGCACGUCAAUGGCUAUACUCAGCCCUCGCUGCAAGAUCUGCACCGGUUGAUUGUCAGUCAUGGAGGCGGGUUUCUACAGUACUUAGAUAAUAAGACUUCUGCCACCCAUAUCAUUGCGAGUUCCUUGACACCAAAGAAAUGCGAAGAGUUUCGACGGUACCGCAUUGUGAAACCCGCCUGGGUCACGGAGAGUAUCAAAGCAGGUCGCUUGCUACCUUGGGAUGGUUUCCGGCUUGUAGAAGAGAACCAAUCCCAGAAGAUCUUGAAAUUUGGUGGUGAUCGCAUGAGCAGUCAAGCAAGUACACCCAGGUCAGGUUACAAAGAACAGUCUAGCACGAGUUGGUAUAAUUCCCAGCUCCAGGCCAAGGACACGGCUGGAACUGGCAGCGUGCAAGAUGUACGAAAUGACCAGGCCACCCCUUCAAAAGCAGCCUCGACCUUUCCAACUCUGCCACUUUCAUCUCCUCCAUCAAAUAAGCGCACUUCUCUCAGCUCUCCCGCUCUCGACAGGGAAAGUCACCCAGUACCCUCUGCAAACUCUGGGGAUGGUGAAUUGCAACAGACAAAAACACCGUCCAGAGGAAGAUUCGCCAUAGCGAGCAAAUAUACCGAUGAAUUAGAAAGCCCCCGCAAGGGGGAUGCCUCUCGAAUCCAAAUCGAUCCGAUUCUCAGCAAUAGCGCACACAAGCAUUUGAACCUAUCGGGUUCCCAAUUCAUCAUGCCCGCUCAACCAGAACCUAAACCCGCCGCUGCGCCUAUUGGGGACAUCAGAUCAAAGCUUGCAGCCCAAGCAAAACCUAGAGAGGAAUCCCGACCAGCGUCGCCCUGUCCACCCCCUCGUGAAAUACACGAGCACUCCUCAGGUCCACCCGAGAUGGAGUGUACAGAGCAAACUGCCCAGACCGGGCUUGAUCCCGAAACUUUGGCGGCAUUGCCAGAAGAUAUCCGGAAGGAGGUCUUAGCUCAUUACGGCAACCAACCCAGCAAGUCCACCCCCGCGACACCCAAAGCUACUGCGCUUUCAACACGUUCAACCCCAUCUCGAUCUGCUGGCGUAAAAAGGUCUGGCUCUCCAUUGAGAAAACCAAGCCGGUCAUCCAAGCCAGGGGCGGGAUCUACCAGAACCUUGAUGCAAUUGGGAUUUGUGUCACAGUCUGCCCCUCUCUCUAAUCGUGAAAGCCAAUCCAAAUCGGAAGGUCAGAAAGAGCCCGAGAAACACAAGGCAUUGGCAACACAACCCGCAACUGAGGGGAACCCUGGACCCGAAAAUCAACCCGAUCUCUCGGGUCGAGCUGUCACCGCACCAGAGGGGAUGUCAAAUCUGGAUGACUUACGGGAUUCAAUUAGUGCCUGGCAUUCUGCUUUUACAGUCGAGGGUCCCUACAGAGAUGAUGUGGAAGCUCUUUGCACAUAUUUAAGCCGCGUGAUCUCAGAAGAGAACGAUGUUGAUAAAGCUGUGUCUGUGGUACGGUGUUUGAUGCUGCUCGUUAAUAAAGAUCCUGGACAAGGGAAUUGCGACUCGGAAUCUCGACCGAAGGAUGCUAUGACCUGGUCUGAAUCUGUAAAAACCAUGCAGGAAAGUAUACAGUCUGCUUUGGAUGCCAAAGGGCUACCAGCCGUGAGGUUCGAAUAG